CUGAGCCGUGCAUCUUUUUCCGGCCUCAAAUGCAUGCAGAAUUCUGCUCCAGAAGUUCAAGUUGGCCCACGAGAAGGGCGGAUAGAAGGAGACGGGCGGAUUGGAAUGCGCCACUGCAAAAGCUAUCAAUGCAGGCGCCGCUCUCCUUAUUUCCACAUCCAGAAUAGCUCCAUUACCCAAGUCCCAAGGAGCCUUGCAUCAUCCUCGUGCGGGUGACUUUAUCCAUCUUACGUUUCGUGUUGACUGAUUGCGUAUUUGACAUGGCAUCAUCUGCAGCCAUUGCCUCCCGCUUGGCGGGCCAAACCGUAGCCUUGUCUCAUGCGGAGCGCCGGCAUGCAACCGCUGGCUCAGCAUUCAGCUCCUCUUUGAAGACGAGCACGUUCACCCCCGCCGGACUCAGAUGCAGCAGCAAGAAUUGCGCGCAGCGCAGCAGGGUUGUGUGUGCACUUGCCGAGCAGAAUGAGGAUGCUUCCGAGCUAAAGGUACAGAGGAGGAGCAUCAUGGCGGCAGCUGUUGCUCUUACCGCUGCACUGGUCGGCGAGACCUUUGCAAGCGGCAAUGCCAAGGCUGACAUUCAGAAGGUGGAAGGUGCUGUAAGAGAUGAGCAGGAUGCUGUCACUCAGGGUAGGAGAGAGCCCUCCACUCUUGGGCGCGGGGCUGGAAACACUGUCCAGGAAGCUGGACGCGUCAAUGCUCAGGCCUCAGGCGGCACAAUCACAGGAGCUCCGAAGAUGGAGAAGCCCGGCGGUGCUUACCGGUCUCCUCAGAGUGACACCCUGACAAUUGGACAGGACGUUGACUCCAAGAAAUCGAGCCCCGCUGGUAUUCUGCAAGGCAAGAGCCCUGGCAAGUCUGCCGGGGAAAAGUCGAGCCCAGUUUAGAUUUGGAUUGAGUAAAUGUCCGGUAUGUGUUGCACGCGUUGUAUUGUAGUUCUACGGGGGCCUGACAAGCUAAAGCGCCCCCGGUUUUGAGUCUGUAUUCUAACAAUGUAAACUAGCGCGCUGACUGACUCGGUGAGAUCAACACUUUGUUGGAAGUAACAGUAAAAUGAAGAUAGAGGGUUAUCUUGAGAAUGGAUAAGAGGCACGCGUUGGGACUGUAGCUUAAUUGUAUGGUAGCCGUUCGAGACGAAGUGGCUGGUAACGAUGGACUGAUUGCGCUAGCAUACAUUGAACGAUCUCCCGAUUUCUGUAAAACAGAAAAUGUAAAUGUUGUGUACGGAAAGCAACACUCCAAGUUUUCAAUGGAUGUUUAAUUGCGGCCGCC